ACUACCAGAGAAAAAAGAUGGACGACAGAAGUGUCUGUUCUCCGCAGCUAGCGAAAUCAGACGCUCUAAAUAACACAACUAGUUUCCCUAACGCGGCUUCUGUGAUAGAUGCUGACAAAGUAAUAAACACUAAACUAGAUAGUUCCCAGGUUCAAGGAGACAAGGAUGAAGAGGAGCUACUAAAGGGCCUCCUCAAUGAUGACUACUGCCAUGUGUGUGAGGCUGUGCUGCUAUUUGAAUCUCAGCGACUGUCCCACUACGAGGGAAAGAAACAUGCUCAGAAACUCAAGGUGUACCUGCAGACCAAGAGAGCUGAGAAGUUACACAAAGAGUCGACAGUUCCCCAGCGGACCAUGCCUUCUGAUAAGGACCGUUUCUGUGAGCUGUGUAACAUGGUGUUUAGUUCCCACUUGGUGGCCAAGUCUCACUAUGAAGGCAAAAUCCAUGCAAAAAAUCUCCGAAAACAAGGUCUCCAGCCCCCAGGAAAUUUCUUGCACAAGUACACAGACGUGUGUACUUUACCAAGGCUGACUCACGAUGCUGAAAAUGCUGAUCAGAAGUCACCCCCAGAGGGGGGUGUGGAGCAUCAUGAGGCCCCAGCAGCCACCACAACUACCCCCAGCUCAGAGGUUGAUCUGAAGGACCCGAACAGGUACUGCCCUCUGUGUGCAGCUUCCUUCAACAACCCUCAAAUGGCUCUGCAACACUACAAUGGACGCAAACACCAGAGAAAUCAGGCCAAACAGGAGAUGAUCAAACAGCUGGGAGACGAUGUCCAACAAGCCAACUCCCUGAUGUGUCAGACGUGUAGUCUGCAGUUUAACUCUUUGGAGAUGUAUCAGGCACACGUUCAUGGAAACAAGCACCAGUUUAGGGAGAAGAAGGUCACCGACCUGUGCAAAUCCCAACAGAAAGUCUACGGCACGUUUGCAGAUGAACUGACGGAUUACAUUCAGGCUCAGAAAGCUCGUGGAAUUACUCCCAAGAAUGAUCGAGUCCAACCUCAGGGUGACACACAAAUGGAGGAUGAGGAAGAAGAAGAGGGAGUAAAGGUAGUGUUUGAUAAGAGACAUAUCAUAGAACUAAACAAACCUAUGCCUAGCCUUACUCCCACCUCUGACCCUCAUCAUUCCCGCCCUAGUAGUUACUACCCAGCUGAAGGGCGGCAUCCUCCAUAUCAGGGCCCUCGCUGGCCUCCUCACAACUGGGACUACAACUGCCCUCCUCCAGUCCUCCCAGGCUCUCCACAGUUAACCAGUCGGCUCAUGAAAAGAAGGAGGCGAAGAAAGCAGUCCAGCUCCUCCUCGUACACUACCUCAUCAUCUUCCUCUUCCUCUUCCUCCUCUUCUGAUAGCAGCAGCAUGAGUGACAGUGAUGACAGCGAAUACAAGCGGAGAGAAAAAAGGAAGAUUAGAAGAUCCAAGAAGGAGAGAGGGCGGAGAGCCAGAGAUGAGGAAUUCGACAAAGAGGAGAGGCAGGGAAAAUCGCAGAGGAAGGAACGAGACAAUGAGAAAAUUAUGAGAAAGCGGGAGGAAUCUGGAGAGUGGGAGCAAGAGAGGAGGAGAAAAAAGCUAAAGAAACACGGCAAGAGGAGACGAAAAGACAAAAAAAAACCGGAUGAGAACUGCGAGGGGGAGGGAGGAGAUGGGGCGAUGGACAACGUAAAGCCAGAAGAGAUGGACAAUACAAAAUACACUGAAGUGCAUAUUCAGGCUGAAAUUAAUGUUGAAGAGGAGGAGGGGGAGCAGGAUGAAUCCGCCAAACCCAAAUACAGGAAAGAGAAGAAGAAAACGAAAGAGAGAGAAGACACUAGGACGGAAGAGGAGAAGCUGUGGGACGACUCCAUCCUGGGCUGUUAGAACUCCUCUGAAGUAUGAGCAGGAUUUUGAAAAUGUAUUAAUACAUUUAUUAAACUCAUGUUGACAGGAGUUAACAAAGCAAAUGUCACCAUCUGCAGGGAACGUGUUGUUCUCCAUAGCUGUGUUAACUCAUACACACAAAUUAAUUGUUCUUUCAUUGUGUUUGCAGGUUUUACAUUACACAUAGCUCAGCUGUGAUAACUUUAUUUUUUCACUAUGGCACUUAUUAAUAUAUUUCAGUAAAUUAAUGUGCACAGUCAACCUCAGAUAAUGGCUGUCAUAUUUAUGAACUCUUAUUUUCUUGCCUAUUUUUUUAGAAUCAUCAAUCAGUCAUCUUGACCUAAUGAUUAACACUUCAUUAUUUUAUACUAUGUUUGUGUAUCUGCUCCUCCCAAGGCUGUGUUUGAUUGUGUUCCCUCUAGCAGCCUGUGGUUGGCGCUGUUGAGCUUUAACGCAGCAGUAAAGCAAAUAGAAGCCCA